UAGAUUCUCAGUUAUGCCUUUACUUGCAGUACAAAUUUCACAGAGCUAACGUGUGGAAAUACCUUGUUCCUUGGAUUCCAGAUGCAUCGAAUCCACGUCUUGGUAAUCAUUCUCUGCUUAGCAGAGCUGAUAAGUCUUGGAAAUGCACAGGGCAGCUGUGCAGAUGGAUCUUGUUAUCCAACCAUUGGGGAUCUUCUUGUGGGACGUAAUAAGCAGAUCUCAGCUUCCUCAACAUGUGGACAGGAUGAACCUCAAAGAUAUUGCAUCAUCAGCUAUCUAGAGGAUGAUCAGAAAUGUUUUAUGUGUGAUUCCAGAUAUCCAUAUGAUCCUUAUAAUCACCCAAACAGUCAUCAGAUUGAAAAUGUUAUAACAACAUUUGAUUCAGAUUGGAAGAAAAAGUGGUGGCAAUCGGAAAAUGGCAUUGAUUUCGUCAGCAUUAGACUGGACUUAGAGACACUGUUUCAGUUCAGCCAUCUGGUGAUUACCUUCAAGUCAUUUCGUCCAGCAGCCAUGCUGGUUGAACGAUCUCGUGACUUUGGACAAACAUGGAAAGUAUUUAAAUACUUUGCUCUGAAUUGUGCGUCAGCUUUUCCUGGAAUUCCAGAAGGCCAUGCUGAUGAUGUCGGAGAUGUGGUUUGUGACUCUAGGUAUUCAGACAUAGAGCCAUCCACAGAAGGAGAGGUGGUUUUAAAGGCACUCGAUCCUAGUUUUGACAUUGAUGAUCCUUACGAUCCAUAUAUACAGGAUAUCAUUACUCUCACUAAUAUAAGAAUCAACUUUACAAAGCUCCAUACCUUUGGGGACACACAUAGCAACGGAUGGCAGAGUGAGCUCCAAGAGAAAUACUUCUAUGGGAUAUAUGAAAUGAUAUUGAGGGGAAACUGUUUCUGCAAUGGACAUGCCAGCCAAUGUGUUCCUGUGGAUAACACGAGAGGUGAUGUGUUCAGUCAGCCUGGAAUGGUUCAUGGUAAAUGUGUCUGUCAGCAUAACACAGAUGGCCUCAACUGUGAAAAAUGUAAAGAAUUUUAUAAUGAUGCACCAUGGAGCCCAGCAGUUGGCUUUCAAGACAAUGCAUGCAGACAAUGCAACUGUAAUGGACACUCUGAUAAAUGUCACUUUGAAAUAAAAGUCUAUGAAGCCAGUAAUGGCACCAGUGGUGGUGUUUGUGACAAUUGUCAGCACAAUACUUUAGGAAAUCAUUGUGAAUUCUGCAAGCCAUACUUCUAUCAUGAUCCUCUUAAAGAUUCUUCUGACCCAAAUACCUGUAUACCAUGUGACUGCGACCCAGAUGGAACACAUGGUGGAGGAAUAUGUGAGGGUCAUACAAAUCGCAGACUGGCAAUCAUUGCAGGGACAUGCUUAUGCAAACAAAAUGUAGAAGGAAAACGCUGUGAUCAGUGUAAACCAGGAUACUUUGGACUGAGUGCUACCAAUUUUUGGGGUUGUCAGUACUGUGGUUGCAAUCAAUUUGGAUCCCUACCAUCCUCAAUCUGUGAUGCUAUUACUGGACAAUGCCAAUGUCAGAAUUUUGCCACAGGCCAAUACUGUGAUGAGUGCAUGGCUGGUUAUUGGGGGCUUGGGAACAGCCUGCACCCUUGUUCUGCAUGUAGCUGUGAUAUAGGAGGAGCACACAGCGUUGUAUGUUCUCAGAGUACUGGUCAGUGUGACUGCCUUCCUAAUAUAGUGGGUCUUCAGUGUAAGCAGCCUGCUGAUGGAUAUUACUUCAUACCCCUGGACUAUUACAUCUACGAGGCAGAGAAAGCACAGGCACUCUCUGGUUCAGCAACCAUAAUUAAUCCAACACCUGUGCCAAAAUGCCAGGAUUAUUUCAUUAAACAAGGAAUAGAUUUUCGUUUUGAAAAUGACAGAAUAAUACUUAAAUCAAUGCCAAAGAGAAGUGUAAGAAGAAGACGGCAGGCACAGGAAGUUGUCCCAUUUGGUACAGAAGGUGUUGUAGAACUUGUAUUAAGGCAGCCAACACCAGGGAAACCAGUAACAUGGACAGGACCUGGAUUUGCACGUGUUCUGCAUGGCGCUGGACUGAGAUUUACUGUCAAUAACAUUCCAUACUCUAUGGAUUUCCUUAUUGCAAUCCGAUAUGAGCCAGAGUCAUUGGAAGAUUGGACAGCAAGAAUUAUGGUUAACCUCCCAAAGGAUGGGUUAAGUGAACACUGCAAAACCAACAAACCUCUACCGGAAGGAUAUACGCUUCAAUUGCUUGCCACUAACAGGAUUGCACUGCUGAAUACAUCUGUGUGCCUGGACCCAGACAGAGAAUACCUAAUAGAUGUUUAUUUCACUCAAGUAUCAAAUAUUCAUACAAAUAAGCAAUAUAUUCUUGUUGAUUCACUUGGACUGAUUCCCCAGAUUUCAUCUCUAAGCAAUCUCUGUACUGAAGCGCAAUUAGAAGAAUAUGAUUAUUAUAACUGCAUUGAAAUUGCUGCUGACAUUGGAACAGCAAUUCUGCCAGAUGUCUGUGAGAAGCUUAUUAUUAGCAUGUCUGCGCGUAUCCACAAUGGUGCUGUUAAGUGUUCCUGUAAUUCUGAAGGAUCGUUAAGCAAUCGUUGCAGCAAAAUUGGUGGUCAAUGUAAAUGCAAGCCCAAUGUUGUUGGAAGCUGUUGUGAUAAGUGUGCUGUGGGCAGCUAUGGAUUUGGUCCCACUGGAUGUGUAGGUUGCGACUGUCAUAUCAAUGGUUCAAUGAGCACAUUGUGUGACCAGAUUACUGGACAAUGUGCUUGUCGCAAGGAUAUCCAGGGUCGCCGUUGUGAUCGCUGCCUUCCUGGAUACUAUGGAUUUCCAAACUGUAGACCUUGCAAGUGUAAUGGGAAUUCAGACUCAUGUGAUCCAAUAACUGGGGCCUGCAAGAGCUGCAAAGGAUUUGCAACAGGCACCAACUGUGAACGGUGUCUCGAUAAUUACUUUGGGAAUCCAUUAAGUGGACAACCAUGCCAGCCAUGUAUGUGUCCAGGUUCUCCUACAAGCGGCCAAUAUUUUGCAUAUUCCUGUCAACAAAACCCUGAUACCCUAGAGGUGACCUGCAAUUGUCUAGAGGGUUACACAGGAAAGAACUGUGAUGAGUGUCCUGUUGGUUUUUAUGGAAAUAUAGAAAAAGGAGAAACAUGUUUACCAUGUCAGUGCAAUAACAAUAUAGAUAUAAAAGACCCUAACGCAUGUGAUAAAGUCACAGGGGAGUGUUUAAAGUGUUUAAAUAACACAUAUGGACGCCAUUGUGAUCGCUGCCCCCCUGCAUAUUAUGGAUAUCCAAAUUGUAGACCCUGCCGGUGUAGUGGCAAUUCGGACUCAUGUGAUCCAACAACUGGGGCCUGCAAGAGCUGCAAGGGAUUUGCCACUGGCAACAACUGUGAGCGGUGUCUCGAUAAUUACUUUGGGAAUCCAUUAAAAGGGCAGCCUUGCCGCCCAUGUAUGUGUCCAGGUUCUCCUACAGGCAACCAAUAUUUUGCACAUUCCUGUCAACAAAGUCCUGAAACCCUAGAGGUGACCUGCAACUGUUUAGAAGGUUACACAGGAAAGAACUGUGAUGAGUGUCCUGUUGGUUUUUAUGGAAAUAUAGAAAAAGGAGAAACAUGUUUACCAUGUCAGUGCAACAACAAUAUAGAUAUAAAAGACCCUAACGCAUGUGAUAAAGUCACAGGGGAGUGUUUAAAGUGUUUAAAUAACACAUAUGGACGCCAUUGUGAUCGCUGCCCUCCUGCAUACUAUGGAUAUCCAAAUUGUAGACCUUGCCAGUGUAGUGGCAAUUCCGAGUCAUGUGAUCCAAUAACUGGGGCCUGCAAGAGCUGCAAGGGAUUUGCCACUGGCAACAACUGUGAGCGGUGUCUCGAUAAUUACUUUGGGAAUCCAUUAAAAGGACAGCCUUGCCGCCCAUGUAUGUGUCCAGGUUCUCCUACAGGCAACCAAUAUUUUGCACAUUCCUGUCAACAAAAUCCUGAAACCCUAGAGGUGACCUGCAACUGUUUAGAAGGUUACACAGGAAAGAACUGUGAUGAGUGUCCUGUUGGUUUUUAUGGAGAUUUAAAACAAGGAGAAAAAUGUUCACCAUGUCAGUGCAAUAAAAAUAUAGAUAUAACAGAUCCUGAGGCAUGUGAUAGUGUCACAGGGGAGUGUUUAAAGUGUUUGAAUAACACAUAUGGACGUGACUGUGCUUCCUGCCUACCAGGAUACUUUGGAUCUGGACGUUAUCAGAAUUGUACAAGCUGUGUCUGCAACUCCACGGGAACAAAGGAUGAGACCUGCUCAAUUUAUGAGGAGGUUGGGGAAUGCGUAUGUGACAGAACUACAGGACAGUGCCCUUGUUUGCCUAAUGUAAUUGGGAUUCGGUGUGACAACUGUGCUCCUGGCUACUGGGGCUUUUCCAGUGGAAAAGGAUGUAAACCUUGCAACUGUUCCCUGAAUAAUUCCCAAGAAAAGCAAUGCAAUCAGUUUACAGGUCAGUGCCUAUGCAAACCCCAAUACAAAGGAAAGAAAUGUGACCAAUGUGAAGAAAAUUUUUAUGGAAAUCCCAAGGUGAAAUGCAUACCUUGCAGGUGCAAUUUGAAAGGCAGUAAUAAGCCUAUGUGUGAUAAAGACACCGGGGCAUGCAACUGCAAAGUAGGAGUUACUGGAAGAUACUGUGACCAAUGUGCUCCUAAAUUCAAGCAAGAGUUCCCAGCCUGCCCUCGAUGCCAUAUGUGCUUUGACGAAUAUGAAGCUGAUGUAUCCUCCCUGGCUGACUCUGUUCAUGACUUAGUUAAAUUAGCUGCCAACAUUGGCCCCACCAGAUCGCCAAUGGGCUGUGAUGUUCAGAUGAGCAUUCUAAAGGAUAGACUUUCUGUUAUUGAGAAAAUGUUUAAGAGUCGAAUUCUUUCUCCUGACAAGUAUGCAAAAGUCAAGGACUUCUACGAAAGUAUAAGGAAUAAAGUAAAUAAAAUUAGGAUUUCAGAUUUGGGAAAAUUCAGUGAGAUACCAAAGCUGAAUAAAACAAUAUGGGAUAUGGAGAAAGAGAUUGAUGUUUUAUUUAAAAACCUAGACAUAAUAAGGAUAAAGAAGCAGAAGGAAAAUAUAGUCAAGGUUAAAGACAUCCAAGCAUAUGUUGACAAGAUCACCAAACACUAUAAAACAUCAUUAUCUGCAGCAGAGAAGGCACGCAACGCUACACCUAUUAUCCGGACUGCUUCCAAAACUAGAAAAAAUAUUCUGACUGAACUCAGCAACCUAGAUAAAAAAGACAAAAAUAAUUUAGAAAAGUUAAACAAAAUGAAAUCUCUGCAAAUAAGUAAAAUGAAUGAAAUGGUUUGUGGAACUGUAUGGGACUUUCCUUGCAAUAUUUCCCCCUGUGGAGGUGCUCUAUGCAGAGAUAAGUUUGGCAGAAGGAAAUGUGGUGGACCAGACUGUAAUGGAGCUUUGCCAAUUGCCAGAGAUGGUCUGAAAAAAGCAAAUGAAACAGAUGCUAAGUUAAAGAGUGUUGCAAUACAUCUCCUUGAAGCUGAGAAACAGAUUCAGCACAUCAGGCAGCUGGCAGAAGAUACAAAGUUGAAAGCCUCGAGACUCGACAAAACCUUGAGUAAAGCCAUCAGUCGUAUGGAGGCAGAUAAAAAUCGUUCGAAAGAGCUUAUAAAAAAUGUUAAAGAUUUUCUUCUUGACAGCAUACCUGUAUACCAAUGCCAAGGAAAGAGUGGAAGCAAGCCUAAGAAGCCACAGAACGUUGAUGCUACUAUUAACCCAGAAGAAAUAGAAAAGAUAGCUAAUGAGGUCCUUGCAAUAAAGUUGCCAGCCGCACCAUAUGAUUUAAUCAAUAUACUGAACAAGAUUAAAAAAAUGUGCGAUGAAUACCAACAAAACAAGAAAAAACUUCAAAAGCAGCUGGAGGAUGUAAAGAAACUUACACAGCAAGCAAACAAUGCAAGAAAAGCAGUCGAUAACCUUCCCAGUACAUAUGAGAUCACAAAUAAUUUAAAUCAAGCUGAAAAUAUACAGAAAAAAACAAGCUCCGUGCUGAACAAUGUAAACAAGAACAUUAAGGACAUCAGAAACAGACUUUCACAGGCUAAGAAUAAGGCAGAUAUGACUGAUAAGACAUAUAAAGAAAUAAAGGAUCUUCACUCACAGUUGGAAGCAAAGAUUGCAGAGCUUCAAGAAAAGAUGCUACAGAACAGGAAUGCGGCAGCCAAAGCAGAGAAAGGCGCAAGUUCUGCAUUGAAAGCAGCUGAUGAAAGUGAAAAUAGCCUCAAUGACCUUAAAGAAAAGUAUGAGAUACUCAAAGAAAAGCUAAAGAAGAGAGAAAUCCCUCCAGAAAUUUUGGACAGAUUGCAGCAGCUAAAAGAAGAUGCAGAAGAUUUUGCAAAAGAGAUUGAUGAAAAAAUGAAUCGCAUAGCAGAUUUAGAAGAAAGGAUUGAUGACUUGAACAACUUAAAUGAAGAAAAGGCUAAUCAACUGCUAGAACUAGAGAAGAAAGCCAUAAAACUAAAAGAUGACAUCCUCACAGAAGAAAACAAACAUGCUACAUGUAGAGAGUAGUUAUUACUAUAUUAAUAGAUCGAUUUCACUUGGUAUCGGUGUGCUUGAUAUGAUUGUUGCUCAAUAAAGUUGUUCAAAAAUGUUA